AUGGCUCGAAAGCCGGUGGCGCGGUUUCCGUUGACGACGAAGCUUUACCCAUUGAUAUCCAAACAACGCGGGAAAAACAAGCCUCGAACACAGUACGUGAGUGAAGGGCUAAUAGAUAAUGUCCUCGAGCGCGUAUCGCCCUACCUCCGCCGAAACCAACCGCUAGACAUUCUGGACCUUUGGCCUGGGGGUGGUCUCAUGUCAUCUAAAGUGAAUGAACUUCUUCAGCCACGCCGUCAUGUCCUUGUUGAACCCGAUCCUCGUUUCAACAAUUUCCUUCAACCGCUCGCCCAGAGCAACCCGUGUUAUAAGCUCGUCGAUGAACCCAUCUAUGGGAAAUUUGAUUGGUCUUAUUUCUUCGCAACUCAUCUUCCAGAACAAGGCCGUGGGAACCGAGAGUGCUCAGCUAUUAUACCAAAGAAUGAUUCCCUUCUCAUCCUCGCUAAUCUGCCUGCUGCUAAAUCUGGAAUGGAUCACUUCAAACCCAGCCGCUGGUUUCUCAACUACAUGAAGAGUUGCUUAAAACAGAAAGAUGUGAACUUGUACGGGGCCGUACGAGUUCUUGCUACAAUGCCCUCCAGCGAAGUCUCGGAUAUGUUACCGCGGUCCACUGGGGAGCGCACACGAACUGGCGUAUUCGCGGAGACCAUAGGCUUGCACAACAUAGAGAUUGCCAGUCCCGCUGAAGAAGAACGGUCCCAUCAAUGGCGGGGCUGGGAUGACUUGAACAAGAUCAGGGAGCGUGUGGCUGAAAGAGCUGCAGCAAAUAACAUUAUCACUCCACCCACCAGAGAGUUUCCUCCUUUGGAAGUGGUGCCACACAUUCCCUACCGAACUUCGAGAGUUGAGCGACCGUAUCAACCUCGAGUGCUUUCUCAGAUGCACAAGAAGCAAUUGAUGGAUAUCGCAGCAGCAGAUAAGCUGGGUCUUGAUUCGUGCACCGACACCGCAGACCCCAAAGUCAAAGCAAUAAUUCGAAAGCGAUCAUUAGCAUGGUCAAAGCUUGCCAGGGACAACUCAGCGAGCUACUUCCGCCAACAGCUUGCCGACGUAAUACUUGAGCAGGACCAAGUGGGCUGGACAUUUGCACGUGCGGCUGCGGAUCCCAAGGAGAGUGUUGAGAGUCUGAAGGCUCUAGAAGAUCGUAUGGUAUCGCUCAAGUCGAGUUAUGCCACUUUAAAAUCAAGCAUUCACCACACUAUGUUAGAAAAACAUCAACAUACAAUCGAUGAUGCCCGCUUGGGUAGACUCGCCAACCAUUUUGUUGAUGCGGGCCUGACACAUGACCAACGACCAUUUGAACCCCUAUACAUCCAUCCCGAUGAGACUUAUCCUCGCGAGGACGGGCGGGCAGUCAUAUAUUUCGAACCAGAUUCCAACCCGCCCGUUCUGAAGAAGACAUUGGACCUCCCAGGCGCAAUGGUACAACUUGUCCUCGACCGGUAUUUUUCAAUGCUAGCCGUGGUAGGGACUCGUGGCACGAUGCCAGUCGCCGAAUUCUUGAAAACACUUUUCCCAGCCGAGAGUAUCAAUAGUCAUGUGCGGGAUAUUCCAAGCCUUGCCAGCUUCGCCGAGAGACGACUCAAGCCUGGGCGUGGGCCAAUGCCCUUGCCGGAGGGUUCGACGUCCGACCCGGCUUUCACCUACCAGGAUAACGUGGACUAUGAUUUGAGUGGUGUUCGACUCCGCAUCUCUUCCGCGGCAACCCUGUUGGAUGUUGCGAUCAAGUACGAGAAGCUACCGGAGAAGCUCGAUAUAAUCUCCUUCAGCCGAGCUCUAGGCGGGACAAUGACCCAGGCCCAGCUAGGCGAGGAGUUACUUAACAAGAGGCUCAGAUAG